AUGUCUUGGAGCCCGGGAACGCACGAAAAGCAGCCGCAGCAUCGAGAGCCGCACGCCGCGAGGUUUCGUUGCCCCCGCCUGCGAACACCUUUUCCAUCGACGCACACCCGUGCCGGGGACGACGGGGCUCGGUGGAGGUCUGAACUUCGAUCGCCGACACUUUACAUUCUUUGCAAGUCCUUUUUCGGCUGUAGAGGUAGAGAUGCAAAUUGCUGGUUGUUCAAGGCCUUCACGAGCUAUCUGGCAAACUUUUCCGCUUUCCACAACCGCAAGGGCUGGACGGACGAGGGCAAUCUUGACAGAAACUCGCAGACAGGAAGCCUGAAUGAGGAGGGCGUGGGAGCGAGCCGAGACACAAUCGACGCGUUCCAGACAGGUUUCCUGGCGGCGGCGUGGCCGCUUCGCCGGUUUGCUGCGCAGCAGCUGGUCAUAGCGUUCGAUUUUUUUUUUGUUUUGCCUAAGAUCAGUGCCUUCUGGGGUUCUGGCGUCGGCCUAAAGAAUGUUUGGUGGGAUGCACUCGGCCGCGGGGCUCGUCGUGAAUGCAGCGACGGCCGCAAGGAAUUCACCCCUUCUUCCGAGACCGAUCUGGUCGACUGGGGGGCCCUUCAUUCGCGUUUCAAGAUGAAGCUCACGCGCGCAUCGCUCGGCGCCGCGGCCGCGGUCCUCUCCUCCGCCCGGCAAGCAAGCGCUCCCCGCCAAGUCAACAACAGGCAGACAAUCAACACUCAACAGCCGGCAAUGCCCAGCGGCACAAACCUGCUCGGCGGGGACGCUGAAGGUUACAGUUUCCAACCCCGAACCCGCAGCUGCCUCCACAUGCACCCCGGAUAUUCCCCGGUUUAA